AGGCUUUUAAUUCAGUUAACAAAAAAACGAGUUAACUCACCGAGUCAACAUACAGGGUCAAACGAGUUGGGGUUUUUGUGUCUUGUUUUGAUUUGGUUAGGUAACUCAGGUCUGGUUAGUUUAAAGUAGAGAGAGAGAGAGAGAGAUUGGCUUCAGAUCUGAAAAGUGUUUCCUCUUCGGGCCAUGGGAUUCUCCGUCGUCGUUUCGAUUAUCUCUUCUUUUGCUUGGUCACUUUAGUUGAUUAUCUGAGAAUACUAUGUCACGCCCUUUCUUCCACAACCUUAUCCUCUCAUCCACUAUCAUCAACUAAAACCGUCAGGACUAAGGAAAGCUGACAACAAUAUCUGGUUUUAAACAAGGUUGGCAGGAGUUUGUUAGAUCCACUUCCUUUUGGUUUUCAGUUACAAAGGUACUCUUAUGAACAUGGAUUCUGCACACAAUGAGUUCAACAAACGCGCUCGAUUGUUUGAAGACCGUCAAAAAGAAGAGACCAGGGUCACUCAUCCAUUGAUUCCUGAAUCUAAUGCACCCCUGAAUGAAGGGUAUGAGGGUUCUACCACCACCCAGAGCUUGUUCACUGAUUCUAAACCUGAAGAGACUCCGAAAAUACCUAAGAAGAGAGGAAGGAAGAAGAAGAAUCCUAAUCCCGAGGAAAUAAACUCGUCGACUCCGGAGAACAGCUCAAAGUUCUACAAGAGUGCUUCUGAUAGAAAGAGAACUGUAACUGCUGAGGAAAGAGAGAGAGCCAUCAGCGCAGCCAAAACGUACGAGCCGACCAAUCCUUUCUUUAGAGUUGUUCUGCGACCAUCGUAUCUGUACAGAGGCUGCAUCAUGUACUUGCCUUCUGGGUUUGCUGAGAAGUACCUGAGCGGGAUAGCUGGUUUCAUCAAGCUUCAGCUCGGGGAGAAACAAUGGCCAGUGAGGUGCCUUUACAAAGCAGGGAGGGCUAAGUUUAGCCAAGGAUGGUAUGAGUUCACACUCGAGAACAAUAUAGGGGAAGGAGAUGUUUGUGUGUUUGAGCUUCUCAGAACUCGAGAUUUCGUUCUGAAAGUCACCGCCUUUCGCGUCACUCAGUACGUGUGACACUACAACAAACCAAUCUGGUUUACCAAAGUUCAUUUUCAUGUAAGGUCUUUUAAUUAGUUUAUCUCUCUUGCAUUUCUUGGAGAAUCAGUCUGCUUCUCUGGGUUUUAGAUGUGUUCUGAGUGAAAUUUCAGGUUCCUAUGUUCGUUGUUGAUAAGUAUUUGAGAUUUGGUGCAAAAACUCUGUGUUUGAGUGGUAGUUAAGGGUCAAUAGUAGCGUUGUAUUACAUGUAUUGGACUGGUCAGUGAAUCAGGAGAAUGAUGUUUAUGUGAAUGUUGAUUAUGAAUUUAUGAUUGAGAUGAUUGCUUA